GAGAGAGGGGACAUGGAGCAGGGGCAGAGAACCCCCAGGGCUCACCAGCUCCACUCAGGGAGGUCCGCCGUCGUCGAUCUGUUCAACCUUUACCUUGGGAGGAAUUCUCGUUCCAAAUUCGAUGAAGCAAGCCGUGAAUCACCGAACAAGAUGCUGAAAAGAGUGACUGCUCCUAACAGAGAGCUUCCUCCAAGAAAUGAGCAGUUCCUUUCUGACUUUGAGCAGUUGCAGGGGCAAUUUGCUGACCGGGAGCAACUACGUGUGGUAACCGAGUCAGUUCUCUUAUCUCUAAUUAUUCAGUGUAGUGGUCAUGCUCCACAAUCAGAAUUUCUACUAUUUGCAUUAAGGAGCUUGUGCAACAUUGGUUAUGUGAAGUGGGAUACAUUUCUUCCUGCACUUCUCUGUACAGUUUCCAAUGCAGAAUCAUCAGUUGGGCAAGGAAAUCUGACAUUUACUGGCAUGCCAUCAGGUAGCUUGGCAGCAUCUGCUGUAACACCUUCAGCAUCUUCAGUCACCACAAACUUUCAUGUUUCAAAUCCAACAUCUCCUCUAGGGCCAAUGCAUGUUAUUGGAUCUCCUUCCCAAUCUGCAACUGAGCAAGCUAUUGGUGGAACUUUAUCACCUGUUAGAGCAUCAGAUAUUGCUGCUUCUGGACAGCCUUUUGCAUUGAGGGUUAAUCAGUUACCAAGGAGUACUGCCAUAAGCUAUCUACGCCAAUUGGUAUGCAAGAUAAUCUUAACGGGACUUGAAUCCAAUCUGAAGCCAAUAACCCAUGCUGAGAUUUUCAUCCAUAUGAUAAAUUGGUUGGUCAAUUGGGAUCAAAGACAACAAGGAUUUGAGGAAGCAGAAAGUUUGAAAGCUUUGAGUCUUGAAAGACCAUUGCAUGAAUGGCUACAUAUUUGUUUGGACGUUAUCUGGAUGUUGGUUGAAGAGGAUAAGUGCCGCGUUCCCUUCUAUGAAUUGCUUCGGAGUGGCCUGCAAUUUAUUGACAAUAUUCCUGAUGAUGAAGCAUUGUUCAGCAUCAUCUUGGAGAUCCACAGAAGGAGGGACUCGGUGGCCACACACACGCAGAUGUUAGAUCAACAUCUUCAUUGCCCUUCAUUUGCAACUCAUCGGUUCCUGUCUCAGGUUUAUCCUAGCAUACCGGGUGAAUCAUUGGCGAAUUUGCGUCAUUCACCAAUAACAUAUCCCAGUAUUUUAGAACCAUUGCAUGGAGAGGACCUUGCCUUUUCUAUUCAGAGGGGGAGUUUGGAUUGGGAACGAGCUUUACGUUGUUUAAGGCAUGCGCCGGGUAAACACCAAACACCAGAAUGGUGGAGGCGUUUCUUCUUAUAGUUCCUAGUUAUAGGCCACGGGCUCCACAAUCAGUCAAUUCCUGGUGCUGUUUUCUCACCUGGAAUGGUCACAGAAGCUGUCAUUGAUAGAACUGUUGACUCGUUGAUGUCAACAAAAUUCGAAUUCAAUUGCUUUAUGUUUUUUGCAGAGACACAAUGCUGGCAAGACUGGCUUGUAUUUGCGGACAUGUUUUUCUAUCUGAUGAAGAGUGGAUCGAUUGAUUUUCUUGAUUUUAUUAACAAACUUGCAUCAAGAGUCACAGCCAGUGAUCAGCAGAUUCUUUGGAGCAACCAUGUGACAUGGCUUCUUGCCCAGAUUAUUCGGAUUGAUGUUGUGAUGAACAUUUUAAGUUCAGAUCCAAAGAAGGUUGAGACUAUCAAAAAGAUUAUUUCAUUUCAUAAAGAAGAUAAAAGUCCAGAUUCUAACAAUAUCAGUGCUCAAAGCAUAAUUCUUGACUUCAUAAGCAGUAGCCAAACUUUGCGUAUUUGGUCCUUCAACACUACUAUAAGGGAAUAUCUAAAUAGUGAUCAGCUUCAGAAAGGAAAACAGAUAGAUGAAUGGUGGAAACAGGUGACGAAAGGAGAGCGCAUGAUGGAUUUAACAAACUUGGAUGAAAAAUCAAUGGGUAUGUUUUGGGUUUUGUCGUUUACCAUGGCACAACCUGCUUGUGAAGCAAUCAUGAACUGGUUGACCUCAUCUGGAGCUCAGGAUUUACUACAGGGUUCCAAUGUACAAUCUGGUGAUAGGAUGAUGAUGUUGCGUGAGACUUACCCACUGCCAAUAUCUUUACUUUCUGGUCUGUCCAUAAACUUAUGCAUGAAGCUUGCCUACCAACUUGAAGAAACAAUAUUUCUGGGCCAGGCAAUUCCUAGCAUUGCGAUGGUUGAGACGUAUGUUCGGUUAUUGUUGAUUGCACCCCACUCUUUGUUUCGCCUUCAUUUUACGACUUUGAGUCAAAGAUCCCCUUCAAUAAUGAGCAAACCUGGUGCUACUAUUCUGCUACUUGAAAUGUUAAACUAUCGGUUACUUCCCUUAUACAGGUACCAUAGUAAAAGCAAGGCAUUGAUGUAUGAUGUCACAAAGAUAAUCUCUAUGAUAAAGGGUAAACGCGGGGAGCAUCGUUUUUUUAGAUUAGCUGAAAAUUUGUGCAUGAAUCUGAUCCUAUCUAUAAGAGACUUUUUUCUGGUGAAGAAAGAAUUAAAGGGCCCGACAGAAUUUAGUGAAACACUUAAUAGGAUAACGAUAAUUAGCCUUUCAAUCACCAUUAAGACACGUGGAAUUGCUGAGGUUGAGCACAUGCUUUACCUUCAGCCUUUGCUUGAGCAGAUACUGGCAACCAGUCAACAUACAUGGUCGGAAAAGACUCUCAGACAUUUUCCUCCACUAAUCCGGGAAUCCUUAACUGGGAGGAUGGACAAGAAGGGACAGUCUAUUCAAGCAUGGCAGCAAGCUGAACAAACUGUCAUUAACCAAUGCACACAACUACUUUCACCAUCUGCUGAUCCAACAUAUGUCUUGACUUAUCUUAGUCAUAGCUUUCCUCAACAUCGUCAAUAUCUUUGUGCUGGUGCUUGGGUCCUCAUGAAGGGACACCCUGAUGGCAUCAACAGUAUCAACCUCGGGCGCGUUUUAAGGGAAUUUUCACCUGAAGAGGUGACAUCAAAUAUCUACACAAUGGUUGAUGUCCUUCUUCAUAAUAUCCAGGUUGAACUCCAACACGGACAUGUCGUGCAGGAUCUUCUAAUGAAAGCAAUUGCAAACCUUGCCUUCUUUGUUUGGACGCACGAACUUCUUCCACUCGAUAUUCUGCUUCUGGCACUAAUUGAUAGAGAUGAUGAUCAUUGUGCUUUGCGUAUAGUGAUUAGCAUGCUUGACAGGCCAGAACUUCAGCAAAGGAUUAAGUUGUUUUGUUCAAAUCGGCAAGGCCCAGAACAUUGGUUUAAUAAUCAACCUCCAAAAAGAGUUGAUCUUCAAAAAGCAUUGGGCAACCAUCUCUCAUGGAAAGAACGGAAUCCCCCUUUCUUUGAUGAUAUUGCAGCGCGGCUUCUCCCAGUUAUUCCACUAAUCAUUUAUAGACUGAUUGAGAAUGAUGCCACAGAUGUUGCUGAUAAAGUUCUUGCUUUAUAUACUCCGCUUCUUAUUUACCACCCUCUUAGGUUCACAUUUGUUAGAGAUAUUCUCGCAUACUUCUAUGGACAUCUUCCUAUCAAGCUCAUUGUCCGUAUACUUAAAGUACUUGAUAUUCCUAAGAUUCCUUUCUCCGAGUCAUUCCCACACCAAGUUGGUUUAAAUAAUUCUGCUUUCUGUCCCCCACCAGAUUACUUUGCAACCCUGCUAUUAGGACUUGUGAAUAAUGUUAUACCCCCUUUGAAUAGCAAGUCCAAAUCAGAUUCAAUGGCCGAUGCCUCUAACAAUCCUGGAAGCACAACAGUUAACAAAUCUCAAGUAUCUUCUCAGGGCACAGUCAAUAGUUCUGAUGGUCAAAAAGCAUUUUAUCAAAACCAGGAUCCUGGAACUUACACACAGCUUGUACUGGAAACUGCAGCAAUUGAGAUACUUUCACUUCAAGCAACAGCUUCUCAGAUUGUAUCAUCACUGGUUCAAAUUGUGGUUCAUGUACAGCCCACCCUUAUCCAGUCAAGCAAUGGCUUGCAAGGGAUUUCAGGUGGCCUUGGGCAGAAUUCUGGUCUACCAACAUCCCCAUCAGGGGGAAGUUCUGAAUCAUUGAAUACCAAUCGUUCAACUCCUUCAGCAACAGGACUCAGUGCAACUAAUUUUAUGUCCAGAAGUGGGUACUCCUGCCAGCAGUUGUCUUGCUUGAUGAUACAAGCAUGUGGCCUUUUGCUAGCUCAGCUGCCACCAGAAUUUCACAUGCAACUUUACAUUGAGGCAUCACGCAUCAUAAAAGAUUGCUGGUGGCUUGUUGAUGGUAAGAGGACAAUUAAAGAGCUGGAUUCUGCUGUUGGCUAUGCUUUGUUGGAUCCAGCUUGGGCUUCUCAAGACAACACAUCUACUGCUAUAGGUAAUAUAGUUGCACUUUUGCAUGCCUUCUUCAGUAAUCUUCCACAAGAGUGGCUAGAAUCAACACAUACGAUCAUUAAGCAUCUUCGUCCUGUGACAUCUGUUGCAAUGCUAAGAAUUGCCUUUCGCAUAAUGGGCCCGCUGCUUCCUCGUCUUGCUUUUGCUCGUCCACUUUUCAUGAAGACUCUAGCUCUAUUAUUCAAUGUGCUUGCGGAUGUAUUUGGAAAGAACUCACAGCCCUCAGUUCCAGUUGAAGCUUCGCAUAUAACUGACAUUAUUGAUUUUCUGCAUCAUGCAGUCCUCUACGAAGGUCAAGGAGGACCGGUGCAAAGCACGAGCAAACCAAAACCGGAGAUCUUAACGCUUUGUGGCAAAGUAAUAGAACUCUUGAGGCCGGAUGUGCAGCAUCUUCUUUCACAUUUGAGGACCGAUCCGAGCUCCAUUUACGCCGCCACUCAUCCCAAACUGGCCCAAAACCAGACAUAAAACUGACCAUCUACAACUUUCAACAAUGACCAGACUCUUGUUAUAUCCUUUGACACUGUUUGGCUGAAAGAGUUGCUGAAGACAGAAGACCUAAUACAAGAUCUAGUUUAUCAUGAGUAACAGGUAUAAUUGGUACGAGGAUUGCAUACAUGUAAAUAUGUACUUAACCAUAUAAUCUACUGAACAAGUUUAAAAUACAAGUUGCUAAACAUAUGCACAAGAGAAUUACUACUACUUGUGCAUUUUAAGGUGUUCUUAAUUUGGGCCUUGUUUAGAACAGGCUUGUUGUUUCUUCUGAUUUAGCAAAGAAUUUAUGGUUUUGAUGAUU